CCGGAAGUUGUUCUUCUUUAUCACUAAUCCGGAAGUGUUUGUUGACAUUGACUUCCGUCUCUGGUAACAUGGCUGCGCCCGCUAGUGGUAUGCAGGGGCUUUCUAAGGCUGAGUAUUUGAAGCGCUAUCUGGAUACGGGGAGUUUAGCUGAUGGACCCGUCAAGAAGAAGAAGAAAAAGAAGAGGCCGGAAGGGAAAGGGAUGCGGAUAGUCGAUGAUGAUGCAGAAGACUGGAAGAAGGGACCUGUCAAAAAGGAUGAACCUGUGGAAGAGGAGGAAGACCAGCCAGUGGUGGCAGAGUUUGUAGAUGAACGUCCAGAGGAGAUCAAGCGCAUGGAAGAGUUCAGGAACACCAAUAAGUGGAAAGUGAUAAAAGGUGAUGACUCCCCUGAAGAUGAAGGUUCCCAUGAACAAAAUUCAAGGGCUACAGAAGAUGUCUCUGCUAAUGCUGGUAACACUGGUCUCAGUUCUCCUGCAUCUCCAGAUUCUUCUCCCCCUCGAAAGGCCAGGCAUGACUCUCCAGACCCUUCUCCCCCUCAAAGGGCCAGGUAUGACUCUCCAGACCCUUCUCCAGCUCGAAGGGCCAGGCAUGACUCUCCGGACCAUUCUCCUCACCCUAAAAGGCAGCCGAGUCCCUCAAGAAAGAGCAGGCGAGACUCUCCAGACGCCUCUCCACCCAGGAGGGGCAGGCGAGACUCUCCAGACGCCUCUCCACCCAGGAGGGGCAGGCGAGACUCUCCAGAUGCCUCUCCACCCAGAAGGGGCAGGCAAGACUCUCCAGACACCUCUCCACCCAGAAGGGGCAGGCAAGACUCUCCAGACACCUCUCCACCCAGAAGGGGCAGACGAGACUCUCCAGACACCUCUCCACCCAGAAGGGGCAGGCAAGACUCUCCAGACGCCUCUCCACCUAGGAGAGGCAGACGAGACUCUCCACUUAGGAGGACCAAGUGGGACUCUCCAGAUGCCUCUUCAGUCAAGAAGGGCAGGCAAGACUCUCCAAAUGCCUCUCCACCCAGAAGGGGCAGGCAGGACAAUCCGCACAGGAGGACCAGAUGGGAUUCCCCAGAUGCUUCUCUGCCCACCCAGACCAGGCAGGACUCUCCUACCCUAUCCCCUUCCAGAAAAGCAAGAAAACUGUCACCGCAAAGAAAAAAGCAUCUCAAUCCAACCAAAACUCACAAAUCCUUCUACACAGACUCUUCUCAGAAAAAUAAAAAUACCUCUUCAGAUUUUCUUAAAAAAGAAAAACGUGAACCAAGUAUGGAGUCCUAUGCUAAAGAAUCUAAGCAUAAUACGAAGAAAUCUCAAAGUUCUUCACAUUCCUCUUUGCGGCAUGAUUCUGAUUCUGACCUUUCUCCUCCCCGGAAUAGAGCAGUGUCACCACCACAAGACAGUCGGAAAAAAGCUAUACGACAGAAGGACUCGCAUAUGUCACCUCGAAGGGGCACUCAACACAAUGGAUCAGACUCUGACUUAUCACCUCCCCGACAAGUACAGAGAAGAGACUCUGAUUCAGACUUGUCACCACCUCGACGCAGAGUUGAAUCUGAAAAAAGGAGCAAAGGGUCCCAGAUGCUCUCAGGGGGCAGAUCUGGCCUGGUGUCUGCAAAGGUUCUAAGAGAAGAGAAAGAAGAACAGAGGAGAGGAGAGAAAAGUAACAAGAACCUGGAAGUUGAAUCAAGCAAUACAGAAACAGUUUUUCGAGACAAGAGUGGCAAACGCAGAGACUUAAAUUCUGAGCGCGAAGAGCAACUAAAGAAAAAGGCCCAGCAGGAAAAGAAGGAUGAAAUAUAUGCCAAAUGGGGCAAAGGUUUGGUCCAACAGGAACAGCAGAGACAGAAUGUUGAGGAUGCUGCCCGAGAGAUGGCAAAGCCUCUUGCUAGGUACAUUGAUGAUGAGGAUCUGGACCGCAUGCUACGUGAACAGGAGAGAGAGGGAGAUCCUAUGGCAAAGUUCCUGAAAAAGAAAAUAGAUAAAGAAAGCAAAGGAAAGAAAGAGCGCCCAAAAUACAAGGGUCCUAAUCCUCCUAUCAACAGAUUUAAUAUAUGGCCAGGGUAUCGCUGGGAUGGUGUGGACAGGUCCAAUGGAUUUGAGAACCAGUAUUUUGCAAGGAUGUCUGAAAAGAAAGCUACUCAGGAGUCUGCUUACAAGUGGAGCGUAGAAGAUAUGUGAAUUCACCUAGCAUCAUCAGCCACAACACGGAGCAUGAUAAUGUCAUACAGUAAUUCUCUGAAUCCAGUAUAUUUAUCCACUUUGUGUGUUAUAUCAUGGAGGCUACUUGUGUUAGUCCUUACUGGAUGUGAGGGGUAAUUACUGUUAAUGUGAUGUUAGGUCUUCCCCUGUCUUAGUGAUCUCACCAGUACGUUAUCUUUAUACAGUGUCUCUUACCUCUGUAACAUGCCAUAAACGUAUAUCACUUGUGUUUACUGAUGGACUAUUGUAUAGCCCUGGUUUAUCUACCCCAUGGGUAUGCAUCACUACAUGGGUUCCUCUAAAUUACAAGAGGAUCUUAUUCGGUUUCAUUAGCAAAGAGGAGUUUAAUUCAGGAUUUUAUAUAUUUUAAGCCACUUUCCCUUUCUAAUACAAUUGCUUUUAUGGAGAAAAGGAAUAACUAUUUCUAGUAUGCAAGAUAUUAUUAUACAUGUUUUUUUGUUCUCCUGUUUAUGUACAGUUGUGUUCUUGUUUUAAAAUUUAUGAUGGUUAUUUUUAUGUAGAUAAAAACAUUAUUGGAAUGAU